UUUCCACCUCUCAUAUGCAAUUUGAAUCAAGGGAUGAUCUAUCAAUUCUAUAUUUACACAAAGGAGGGAGUUACAUCGGCUACCUCCCUGGCCAAUGACACGGGGGCUUCUCUGCUUCUAGGAAGUCCCGCCAUACGUAUAUCGAUUAGUGCCUAUCUAGGAGUUAUUAUAAGCACCUUUCGUGUAUACGAGCGCAAACGCUAGAAUUAACACAGCAACUAGAUUGAACAGGACGGCAGUUUUAUAAUCAUGAAUUCUUCCAUUAGAAUUGCCAUCGUUGGUGGCGGCGUGGCAGGUGCUUCCUUACUCCACGCCCUCGUCAAGUUCUCUCAUUUGGACGUACAUAUCUUCGAGUCUGCCAGUGAAUUCAAAGAAGCCGGUAUGGCUUUCGGGCUCGCCCGGAACGCGCAAGCUGCCCUCCAGCUUAUCGGUCCUUCAGCCGCGCAAUGUCUCGAGCGAGCCGGCGCUGUACCGAUGCGGGGCGUUCGGUUGAUGCUGGCUCGAGGCGAAGGAGCAGGGAGCAUUGCCGAUGAGACUAACGAAACCGAUCAAGGAAAACGUCUUACGAGCAUCGUCCACCGAGCAGCCUUUCUAAAGGAACUGCUCGCUGGUAUUCCGCAGAAUCAAAUGCAUGCUUCAAAAAGGCUCGAGAAAGUCGACCAGAACGGUUCACUUACGCUUCAUUUCACCGACGGAACUACACAUGAGUGCGACAUCCUCGUUGGCGCCGAUGGCAUCCAUAGCGCUGUUCGAAAACUCAUCUUGGGAGAGAACGAUGUCGCGGCAGUUCCUCGUAACAGCGGUGGCUGGUUCCUUAUGACUCUUCAACCGUUCGACAAGGCUCAGGAGAUUUUGGGUAAAGAGCUCGUAGACAUCGAGAAUGCCCGCGAAUAUGGUUGGAUCGGUCAAAACGCUUUUCUAAUGCACAACAUUCUAAGUGACGGCGAGUUGGUGCAAUUUGCUAUCGCGUCUAAUGACUCGGAAAAUAAGUCCGAAUCGUUGGACCGCUGGCAGCGCAUUGUAAGCGUCGACGAGAUCAAGCAGUUAUUCCAAGAUUACCCAUCUCCCCUUAACAAGGCCGUGGAUGAGCUGCUUUGCAACCAACCUGAACACAAAGCCUUAUACCUCUGGGAGCACCCAAAAGCACCGACUUAUGUUUCGGGCCCAAUGUGCAUCACUGGCGAUGCUGCCCAUUCAACAACACCAUGGCAAGGAUCCGGCGGUGGCAUGUCUAUCGAAGACAGCCUCAUCCUUUCUACCCUGUUCGGGCGUGCGAAGACGCCCACCGAGGCCCUUACGGCCUUGAAGGUAUAUGACCGGGUUCGCCGCCCCCGUACGCAACAGAUCGUCGAGUCCAGUCGGGUCACGGGUGAUAUGAUAAUGGGGAGGAGUGAAGAAAUUGGAUUGGACCCGAAGAAAUUCGGGUCAUUUAUGUCAAGGUGGGACUUCAUCAUCGACAUCGAUAUGGAGAAACACCGCGACGAGGCAUUGCAGAUGAUGGAAGCUGGACUGAAGGAACAGAGUACCAUGUAAUGCCUAUAUCAUCUUCUUUAAACUAUUGUAAAUAAAAAUUAAGUCUCUAUUAAAUAGCACUCGAGUUUAAAUAAAC